AUGGCGGCGGGGCUGCGUUACCCGGGCAAGGUGGUGAUCGUGACUGGGGGCACCUCAGGCAUUGGUCUGGCCACCGUGAGAGAAUUUGUUCGCCAAGGAGCCACGGUGGUCUUCUGUACAAAACCAUCCGAAGCGGAAAGGGGACGAGCCAUUGAGAGGGAGCUGCAGUGUUCUGGGUGCCCAGGGAAAGCUUGCUUCCGGAUCUGUGAUGUCUGCAAGGAGGAUGACAUUAAGAGGUUGAUUCAGGUAACGCUUGAACAUUACGGAUGCCUGGACUGCCUGGUGAACAACGCUGGAGCUUUUCAUGAAAAUAAGAUUGAUGAUGUGACUGCCCAGGACUUCUGGAACGUCAUGAAACUCAACACUGUGAGCGUUUUGUUAGCAUCAAAGUAUGCACUGCCCUACUUACGGGAAACAAGAGGAAAUAUCAUCAACAUUGCAUGUAUUACUGCUACUACUGGGGCAAAGAAUACAGUGGCGUACUGCCCAAGCAAGGGUGCUGUUGUAGCGAUGACCAAAGCCCUGGCCAUAGAUGAGAGCAAAUACGGAGUACGAGUCAACAGCAUCUCACCAGGUCAAUGCUGGACUCCUUCGUGGGUCAAGUAUGCAAAUCAGUUCCCGAAUCCAGAGGCCAAAAUCCAGGAAUUCAAAAGUUUUCAGCUAAUGGGACGUAUGGGGACCCCAGAAGAAGUGGCUUUGGCUGUCCUGUUCCUUGCCGCUGAUGGAACUUUCUGCACUGGUUUAGACCUUCAUAUCUUUGGUGGAGCUGACGUUGGCUUUGGGGUGAAGAACGAGGUGGAUCUCGAGCCAUGCCCAAGUAGAAGUGGGAACUCGAAGGGCUCCUCCAGCAAGGAAUAG